AUGAAAGCAGGAAACAAAACAGGAAUUUUAGUGUUCACCCUCUUUGGACUCUCUGAGGAUCCAGAACUGCAGCGCCUCAUCUUUGGACUGUUCCUCUUCAUGUACGUGGUUACAGUGCUUGGGAACUUGCUCAUCAUCCUAAUCAUCAGCUUUGACCCCCACCUCCACAUCCCCAUGUACUUCUUCCUUUCCAAUCUGUCUUUGGUUGACAUCUGUUUCAGCACCACUAUAGUCCCCAAUAUGCUGGUGAGCAUCCACACAGAGAACAAAGCCAUUUCCUACAUGAACUGCCUCACUCAGGUAUAUUUUUCCAUGUUUUUUCCUAUCCUGGACACCCUACUCCUGACCGUGAUGGCCUACGACCGGUAUGUGGCCAUCUGUCAGCCCCUGCACUACAUGAUCAUCAUGAACCCUCGUCUCUGUGGCUUGCUAGUUUUUAUUACUUGGUUCAUUGGUGUCAUGACAUCCCUCCUCCAUAUCUCUCUGAUGAUGCAUCUGAAUUUCUGUAGAGAUCUUGAAAUUCCACAUUUCUUCUGUGAGGUGACACAGAUCCUCAAGUUGGCCUGCUCUGAUACCUUCCUAAAUAACACAUUGUUAUAUUUUAUGACUGGUGUGCUGGGUGUGUUCCCUCUUUUGGGGAUCCUAUUCUCCUACUCAAGAAUUACUUCAGCCGUAAAGAAGAUGUCCUCAUCGCAGGGAAGGCAAAAAGCAUUUGCCACCUGUGGGUCUCAUCUCUCAGUCAUUUCUUUAUUUUAUGCAACAGGCAUUGGGGUCUACUUCACUUCUUCGAUGGUUCACUCUUCCCAGAAAGUCUCAGUGGCCUCAGUGAUGUACACCGUGGUCACCCCCAUGCUGAACCCCUUCAUCUAUAGCUUGAGGAACAAGGAUGUGAAGGGCGCCCUGGGAAGGCUUCUUAGCAGAGCAGUUUCUUGUCUGUGA